AUGGGCCACCCCAGCCCAAGGCACCUCUGCCCAGCCAGCCCCCGAGACCUGGGAUGCUGCCUGUUUCCUGCGUGUUCUUCCCCAGUGCCACCAGUUACCUUGGCGUCCUGUCCCUCAGUUUCUGUGGUGCUGGUGGCCUCGGCCACAUCCAACUUUCAUGUGAGUCUGAGGUGGCCCCAGGCCCUGGUCCUGCCCCUGUUUCUCCUGCUGACCUUGGGCCACACCCCUUCACCUCCCGUCUGUGAAUCUGGGGGAGCUGGAGUGAUUCCGAGGACAGAUUCCAUGGGCAGGAGGCCUUCCUGCCAGGCCAUCCCUGCUGGUCACACACUGACACCCGCCAGGCCAGUGCCCCAACCCCAGGGUGCUCCAGAGGCCCUGCUCCCUCAAAGGAAGGCUCCCCAUGGGGCCCCUGUCCUCCAGCCUGACCAGCCCCGGCCUAGUCAUGGGCCCCGGCAAGGCCAGAGAUCAGGGACGUGGGAGUGGCAGUGGCUGAGAGAGAGUCCUCCAGGCAGGGUGGCUGGCGCCCACUCUCAAAGGCUGCUGCACACAGAGGACAAUGCCAGCAGGGGUGGGCAGCAGCCAGACCUCGGUGGGACGUGGAUACUCCGUGAGGGCACCUGGGUGUCACCCACAGUGCAUCUCUUCACGGGGGCCUGGGUACUGGAGGGAGGGAUGCAGGAAGGGAGAUGGAUUCCAUCCUCGGGGGUUCUGAGUGCUGCCGAGUAUGGGCAUGGUGCUGGGCAUGGCUGGCAUAGGGUGUGGCUUGUCCCCAGCUCCUGA